UUUGAACUUUUCCUUAGUGUCUUGUGCACGCAAAAAUUUGUUGCGAAGUAAGUAUAUCAGAGAUCUUAAAAUAAUUUUGUGUUACUAGCUUAGCUGUGUUAUCGCUUUUUUCCAUAGAAUUGAGUAAUACUUUUGGUAGUAGCAGCAGCAGAUAAAAGCUGUAACGAACGUCCGCACUCAGCAACAUGUUCCUGGAAAUCAUACUUUUUCUUGCCCUUCUGGCUCUGCUGACAAUAUCUUCAUGGAAGCCGGCGCGGAUGCCACCGGGAACGUUCUGCUGGCCGAUUUUAGGAGAGUUGCCGCCACGUUCAAUUCCCAUCACCGAAUAUCUGAAAAACCUCAAGCAGAAGCGAGGGCCCAUUUUCACGACGAAAUGGGGUUCGCAUCGCAUCGUGGUCGUCACCGACUACAACCUCAUCAAGAAAGCGUUCAACCAUCCCGAUAUACAGGGACGUCCGGGAUUCUUUUCAUUAGAAUUAUUAAAUAACUGCAAAAAUGCUGCUAUGGUUCAGUGUGGGCCAGGAACCGGCGAUUCACGUUUUUUUUUAGGUGUAAUACACAGCCAUGGUUCAGUGUGGACCGAGAACCGGCGAUUCCUGUUGCGCCACUUGCGUGAUCUCGGUAUGGGCAAAACAGCGCUCGAAGGCUCCAUUCAACAAGAGGCCGAGAUGCUGGUGGAUCACUUGGAUAAAAACUGUGUCGGCAAGCCUGCCGCCAUGAAUCACUCCAUCAACUGUGCUGUGCUUAACGUCAUCUGGCAAAUGCUCGCGAGCAAGAGAUACGACAUCAAGGAUAAGAUGAUGCAUCGUUACAUUGCUCUGAUUGACGAAGAUAUGAACAUCAUACAAGGAAUCUUGUUUAUCAUCGACGUUUUCCCUUGGCUGGCAAAAGUGCUUCCCUCGUUUAUAAUGAAUAAAGUUUUCAAAGUUGAUGUCCUCUACAGAAAUCGAGAUGAGGCCCAAUCAAUGUUCAAGCAAGUAAUUGACGAUCACAUGGCGACCCUUGACCCCAACAACCCUCGUGACGUCAUCGACCAGCUGCUGCUGGAGCGCGCCCACAGAGACGCCCCUGACUACCUCACUCCUGAAGACGAAGUGGACGUAUUGGCCAUAAUUAGUGACAGUUUCGCUGCUGGCUCUGAGACCACCUCAUCUACUCUGCGUUGGAUGAUACUUUACAUGGCUAUCAACCCUGAGAUCCAAGCAAAAGUUCAUAAACGUUUGGACGAGGUUGUUCCUAAUGAUCGUCUGCCAUCACUCAACGACAGAAAUCAACUGCAGUACGUGGACGCCAUGUUGCUGGAGGUCAUGAGGCUGAGCUCAUUCGUGCCCAUCGGCAUGCUGCAUACGGCCACCGCUGAAGUCACCUUCGAGGGCUAUGACAUACCGAAA